AUUCAAAGUGUUACGGACCUACUUCCGUUUGUGGUCACGCACGACCAUCGUAAGCUACUGCGAAUUCAGUUAGCAAGUGGCCGGUGAUCUGUUAAAAGUAUCAGUGUUUACUAGUGUCCUGUUUUACAGUAAUCAUGGAAACAAUUUUAGAGCAGCAACGUAGAUAUCACGAGGAAAUUGAGAGGCUGUUGGACUCCAAAACAAAAGAGAUGCUACACAAGAAAACGACGCUACGGGAUCAAAUAAAUUCAGAUCACCGAACCAGGGCUAUGUUGGACAGAUACAUGGAAGUAUGUGGAAAUCUUAGGGACUCCUAUGAGGAUAAAGACGGUAUGAGGAAAGAUGAGCUCAAUGCCAUCUCUGGACCAAAUGAGUUUGCUGAGUUCUACAACCGCCUGAAACAGAUCAAGGAGUUCCACCGCAAGCAUCCCAAUGAGAUCUGUGUUCCUAUGUCCGUGGAGUUUGAUGAGCUAAUGAAGGCGAGGGACAACCCCAGUGAGGAGGCACAAAAUCUUGUGGAGUUUACUGAUGAGGAGGGAUAUGGCCGUUACCUGGACCUUCAUGAUUGUUACCUGAAAUAUAUCAACCUGAAGAGUGCAGAGAAACUAGACUACCUCUCCUACCUGUCCUCGUUUGAUCAGUUGUUUGACAUCUCCAAAGACCGGAAGAAUGCAGAGUACAAGAGGUAUUUGGAGAUGUUGAUGGAGUAUCUGCAGGAGUACACCGACAAGGUGAAGCCCCUCCUGGACCAGAACGAGCUCUACGGCAAAAUCCUCAUAGAGUUCGAGAAGAAAUGGGAGGCUGGCACCUUUCCGGGAUGGCCGAAAGAGACGAGCAGUGCUUUGACCCAUGCUGGAGCUCACUUGGACCUGUCUGCCUUCUCAUCCUGGGAGGAGCUGGCCUCUCUGGGGUUGGACAGGUUGAAGUCUGCCCUCAUGGCCCUGGGCCUGAAGUGUGGAGGGACUCUGGAGGAGAGAGCCCAGAGGCUCUUCAGCACCAAGGGCAAACCUAUGGAAUCUCUGGACCCCUCCCUUUUCGCCAAACACCCCAAAUCCAAAGGCCCCAAAAAAGACACAGAAAGGAACAAAGAAAUCGGCUUCCUUGAGGCUCAGAUUUAUGAAUAUGUGGAAACUCUGGGGGAGCAGAGGCAGCUGACUCAUGAGAACGUUCAGAGGAAACAGGCCCGUACAGGAGAGGAGCGCGACGAGGAGGACGAAGAGCAGCCCAGCGAGAGUGAGAGUGAAGACGAGGACAACGAGAUCAUCUACAACCCCAAGAACCUGCCCCUGGGCUGGGACGGCAAGCCCAUACCAUACUGGCUAUACAAGCUCCACGGUCUGAACAUCAACUACAACUGUGAGAUCUGUGGAAACUACACAUACCGUGGACCCAAGGCUUUUCAGAGACAUUUUGCAGAAUGGCGCCACGCUCACGGCAUGCGUUGCCUGGGCAUCCCAAACACGGCCCACUUCGCCAAUGUCACCCAUGAAGACGCCGUCUCACUGUGGUCCAAAUUGAAGUCACAGAAGGCAUCAGAGAGGUGGCAGCCAGACACAGAGGAGGAGUACGAAGACUCAAGUGGAAAUGUGGUCAACAAGAAGACCUACGAGGAUUUGAAGCGACAGGGUCUUCUGUGAAGAAGCCAGACGAGGCGAAAACAAGUCCACAGGGACGGGUUCUUCUGUGAAGGGAAAACAAGACAAAGUAAAACUCAGACAACAGGGACACUGUCCUCUGAAAAGGCAACGAGACUAAACUAAACCAAACAUUUGGAGUCCUCUCACAUAAGAGCAUCUGUCCAUCAUCUCUAAAUGCCAUUUUGCUUUAACUACACGUGAUUGUGUGUAUGUUUUUAAGGAGUUAUUUCUGUGUUGUUUUAUAACUAGUGGUCAUUCUCGUCCAUUCCUUCUCUGUAGCUCCUGUAAGAUGAGGAUGUUUAUAAAUGAUGAUUUGCUACAUUUAAUAAAUUUACUGUACUCUCA